AUAUCCUCCCAAAUCAGAAACACAAGGGGAAGUUAAGUAACCUUUACGAGUGUAUAAAAAACCGAGUUCGUCGUCAAUCCGAUAAACCGUCGUACAAAUCUCUGAUGAACGGAUUCGCUUCACAGAUCCCUUCAAUGGCGCUUCUCGGAUCCGGCUUCACCAGCGAGGCUGGGUUACGUGUACUGCUUUCCCCACUUGGUUCCAACAUCGUACUUCGUACAGCAUGCUGUUCCAUUGGCAUAGGACUGCCUGUGUACUCCACUUUCAAGGCCAUUGAGACUAGAGAUCAGAAUCAACAACAAAAAUGGCUUAUCUACUGGGCAGCUUUUGGUUCUUUUAGUCUUGUUGAAGUGUUCACGGACAAGCUCAUUUCUUGGUUUCCGCUGUAUUAUCAUGCAAAGUUUGCGUUCCUAGUCUGGCUUCAACUUCCCACCAUUGAUGGAGCAAAACAAAUAUAUAACAACCACCUUCGCCCUUUCCUAAUUCAACACCAAGCUAGAAUGGAUCGAUUCGUGGAUGGAGUCUAUGAGGAGAUGGUCAAGGUCGUUAGGUCACACCAAGGAGAAAUACAGUUUGUGCGAUCAAUGAUCGUCAGAAUCCUGGGAUCGGCCAGUGAAGUUACACCACCAAGCCAACAACAAGGAGAAGAAAUCCCAGACAGUAGUCCCGACCCAGAACUUGAACUAUCAACGGCAACAAUCCAAGAUUCAGAAUCUGAUCAUGAAUGACUAGUAAAACAACCAAACAAGUGUAGUCAUCAUAGCUUUGCAGCUUUUUACAGCCUUAUGUUUGAAUCACUAUUACAAUGAAAAUGUCAAAACGAUUGAUUGUCGGUCACGUAAAUCUCAAAUAAGUUUUUUUAAUCCCAACAAUACGGUUAUAAAGCUCCAUGUUUUCCCCUAA